AUGUUCAAGGCCUCGAGCACAGAUCCGAACCUUAUCGUCGUCAGCUUCAGAGGAACCGAGACUUUCAGCUCUGAUGAUUGGUGUACUGAUCUCGACAUCUCUUGGUACGAGUUGAAGAACGUUGGCAAAGUCCACGCCGGGUUUUCGAAAGCUUUAGGUCUCCAAAAGAACGGAUGGCCCAAAGAAAUCAUAAGCCUCACACACCAAUAUGCUUACUAUACUAUCAGACAGAAGCUUAGGGAAAUGCUUGCUAGAAACAAGAACCUUAAGUUUAUUCUAACGGGUCAUAGCCUCGGUGGCGCAAUAGCUGCUCUGUUUCCGGCAAUUCUUGCUAUUCACGGCGAGGAUGAGCUACUAGAUAAGCUAGAAGGAGUCUACACGUUUGGACAGCCACGUAUAGGAGACGAGGAGUUUGGGGAGUAUAUGAAGAAUGUGAUGAGAAAGCAUGGAAUAGAGUAUGAGAGGUUUGUUUAUAACAAUGAUAUGGUGACUAGAGUCCCCUUUGAUGAUAAGAUUCUAUUCGGAUUCAAGCACUAUGGAUCUUGCAAUUACUUCAACAGUCUCUACAAAGGAAAGGUAAGGGAAGAUGCACCGAAUGCAAACUACAUGAGCUUGUUGUGGCUAAUACCGAAGCUGUUGAAUGGUGUGUGGGAGUUUAUAAGGAGUUUCAUAAUAGGGUUUUGGAAAGGCAAAGAGUACAAUGAGAAUUGGACGAUGAGAUCUGUUAGGGUUAUGGGAAUAAUAUUACCUGGUGCAUCUGACCAUUUUCCACGUGAUUACGUUAAUUCCACUCGCUUGGGAGGCUUGACUCGACCUGUUGCUACUCCUGAGGAUAAACUUGCCCUCAUUGCUUGA